CUUCGACACUGAUGUGUCAGUUGGCCUGCGUGAAUUCACCACGAACAGAAAAUAAUGUUGCUCGUUGCAACAAUGUCAGAAAAUAGACGAUCAAGUUUCAUUUAAUCAAUGUUUUAAAUUGUUGAUCUACUACAGACGGAAAGAACACAUAUUUAUGAAUAAGUAGAGUAACGUUUGGGAGGCCAUGACAUCUAUAAUUAAACUUCAUGCUCUCUCGGGCGUUCACGACGAGUCUCCACAGUGCUACUUGCUUCAAGUAGAUGAAUUCAAGUUUCUGCUGGACUGCGGUUGGAACGAGUUCUUUAGUUUACAAGCCGUGAAAGAAAUGAAAAAAUGUGCCAAUCAAAUUGAUGCCGUUCUGCUCUCGUAUCCCGAUUGCAACCACUUGGGUGCUCUUCCCUACUUGGUUGGACACUGUGAACUAAAAUGCCCCAUAUACGCUACCGUGCCUGUUUACAAGAUGGGGCAGAUGUUCAUGUACGACCUUUUCCAGUCGAGGCACAAUAUGGAGGAUUUUACUCUAUUUUCACUGGACGAUGUCGAUGCUGCAUUUGAUAAAAUUGUGCAGCUCAAGUACAGCCAGACAGUGGCACUAAAAGGAAAAGGGCAGGGCUUAUCCAUCACUCCACUGCCUGGUGGCCACAUGAUUGGUGGCACAAUCUGGCGAAUAGUGAAAGAUGGCGAGGAGGACAUCCUGUACGCUGUUGAUUUCAAUCACAAGAAGGAGCGGCAUCUCAACGGUUGUAUUCUGGAACAGAUAUCUCGACCCUCGCUACUCAUCACGGAUGCCUUCAAUGCCACAUACACACAGGCGCGGAGACGAACGAGAGAUGAGCAACUCAUGACAAACAUCUUACAGACUCUCCGAAAUGGGGGUAACGUCCUCGUCUCUGUAGACACAGCUGGCAGAGUGCUGGAACUGGCACACAUGCUGGAACAACUGUGGCGUAACCAUGACUCUGGCCUAAUGGCUUACUCCCUAGCACUGCUAAAUAAUGUCAGCUACAACGUCGUAGAGUUUGCCAAGUCUCAGGUGGAGUGGAUGAGUGACAAGGUCAUGCGGUCCUUUGAAGGUGCCCGGAACAACCCUUUCCAGUUCAAGCACCUGCAGCUCUGUCAUAGCCUGAUGGAGCUGUCAAGAGUUCAGGAGCCUAAGGUGGUAUUAGCCAGUAUGCCAGACAUGGAAUGUGGCUUUUCCCGGGAGUUGUUCAUACAGUGGUGUCGUAGUCCGAAGAACAGUGUCAUCCUGACAAGUAGAACUAGCCCAGGAACGCUGGCCAGGGAUCUGAUAGAAAAUCCUCACCAGCAAACACUUACCCUAAAAGUGAAGCAACGUGUGCGUUUAGAAGGUUCGGAAUUGGAGGAAUACAUGCGUAAGGAAAAGGAACUGGCUGCUGCACGACAAAAAGCGGAAAGAGAAAAGGAAUUUGAUGCAUCCGACUCGAGUGAAGAAAGUGAGGAUGACAUGGAUAUUGACGAGAAGAAACCUACCAUUGAGAGCAUUAAGUCUGAGAAGUCCAAGUCACUAGGGUUCUUCAAGCAGGCCAAGAAAUCCUAUCUUAUGUUUCCAGUGAAAGAAGAGAAAAUGAAAUGGGAUGACUAUGGGGAAGUGAUCCGUGCUGAAGAUUUUAUUAUUGUUGAAAAGACUACUCAAGAAGAGGAAGCAACAGAAGUCAAGCCUGAAAACGAUGACGUCAUGCAAGAUGUGACAGAAAUGCCAACGAAAUGCCUGGAAAGUACAGUGACCCUCGAUGUGAACGCUUCACUGCAGUACAUAGACUUUGAGGGGCGAUCAGAUGGAGAGAGUGUUAAAAAAAUUAUCUCCAUGAUGAAGCCCCAGAGGGUGAUUCUGGUUCACGGAACUCUGGAAGCCACCGAAGCCCUAGCUAAUUACUGCCUCACUUCAGGUGCCGUACAAGGCAGAGUUUUCACUCCCAAAGUUGGAGAGGUAGUAGAUGCAACAACAGAGUCCCACAUCUACCAAGUGAAGCUGAAGGACUCUUUGGUGAGCUCGCUGCAGUUCUCUAGGACGAAGAAUGCAGAGCUGGCAUGGCUCGACGGCGAAAUCGUCUUGGAGGAACAUUUAGGGCAGACAGACGACAUCAUGGAUACAGACGAAUCAAGAGAAAGCAUGUAUAUACUCCAGCCACUCGCUGCUAAUCAGGUCCCCACUCAUUCAACCAUAUUCAUCAACGAACUCAAGUUAUCAGAUUUCAAGCAGGUGCUGCUGCGAAAUGGCAUACAGGCAGAGUUUUCCGGCGGCGUCCUCUACUGUAAUAAUAUUGUUGCUGUGAGAAGGAAUGAAACUGGGAGGAUCAACAUAGAGGGCAGCUUAUGUGAAGAUUACUUCAAAGUUCGAGAUAUCUUGUAUAAGCAAUAUGCUAUCAUCUAGUGCACAUAAAGAAGUAAAAUCCUAUUUUCCAGUGCAUACGA